AUGGGGAAUGAAGCGAGUCUAGAAGGAGGAGAGGGGCUACCCGAAGGGCUGGCUCCGGAUGGGAAAGGUGGAUUUGUGCGUGUUCCUGGUGGAGACCCGGUGGACCUGAGCGAACUGAGCGAGGAGCAAAGAAAACAACUAGAAGUCGCGAUGGCGAGAGCGCAGGGCAGGCAGCCUGGAGGAGCAGCACGAAGACCCUCACAAGGUGAUGUCCAACAGCGUUCCCAGGUGGUUGGAGCCUCCAGGGGCUCAGCAGGUCUCAGCAAGAGCCGCACUAUAGAUGCUUUCAACCAGGGUCCAGUUGGGAAGCCUUCCCCCGGCCGCAGUCCGUCAUCCUUAAGCCUUUUUGAGUCACGAUUUCGGCAAGAGCCAAAGAGCUCUGAAAGCAAAUCCUCAGGCAUGUUCGGAUCCAGUUUCCUGAGUGGGGCCAACCCCCUGAGUGCCAUGACCUCCUCAGUUUCCUCUUCUUUAUCCUCAAUGGGUGAUGCCGUCACCAUCCCUAAAUUUGGAAUAUUUGGAGAUGAAGAAGAGGGUGAUACACCAGCCAAAGGCCCUCAACAGCAGGGCCCUAAAGGUCCACAACAAGGAGCACCACAAAAACCUGGCCAGGGACCUCCAGGACAAGGUCCUAAACAAGCUCAGGCUCCCACGGGACAGGGACCUCCAGGACAGGGACCCAAACCUGGGCAGGGACCUCCAGGACAGGGACCCAAGCCUGGACAGGGGCCUCCAGGACAGGGACCCAAGCCUGGACAGGGGCCUCCAGGACAGGGACCCAAGCCUGGACAGGGGCCUCCAGGACAGGGACCCAAGCCCGGACAGGGGUCUCCAGGACAAGGUCCCAAACAAGCCCAGGGACCUCCAGGACAACAGGGCCCCAAAACAGGACCAGGACCCCCAGGCCCAGGGGCUAAACAAGGUGGUCCUCCUCAGCAAAAGGGUGUUGCUCCUUCAUCUCAGGGAGCUGGUCCAAAACAGCAGGGCCCAUCUGGUCCUGGAGGUCAACCUGGACCAGCUAAAAGUGUUGGGCCUGCUGCCCAACAGGGAGCUGGGAAAGAUGUGCCCUGUCCACUGUGUAAGACCACCCAGAUGAAUGUUGGGGCUAAAGAACCACCAAACUAUAACAACUGCACUGAGUGUAAGAACCAGGUGUGCAGCCUGUGUGGCUUCAGUCCUCCAGACUCAGCGGGAAAGGAAUGGCUGUGUCUGAACUGCCAAAUGCAGCGAGCAAUGGGAGGCAUGGACCCCCCAAAUCCCAAACAAGGUUCUGUCCCACCAUCCCCUCAGAAACAGCCUCCUGGGAAACCUGGCAACCUCCUCAUAAAGCAGCAGAGCCACCAGAGCGAGCAGGGCUUGACUCCGCCCACCACCCCCAGGCAAAAAUCCCCUGGUCCAACAUCACCAGGACCAUCACCGGGCUCAUCCAUGUCAGGAUCCCCAAAGAUUGACCCCAAAACUGGAAAGCCUAUCAUGCAGAAGACCAGUCCACAGCAGUCUCCAUCGAAAGCCAAACAGGAGUCUAGUUUCUUUGGUGGAUUUGGUCUUGGAGGUCUAACAGAUUCAGUAAAAUCUUCCACCACUUCUUCACAAUCAGAAUCUGUUACGGGCAAACUGUUUGGUGGAUUUGGUGGUUUGAUGGAAACUUCAAAGCCACAAGCACAAACUGCACCAAAACAGGAUGAGUCUGUAGCGGGGAAGUUAUUUAGCGGUUUUGGUGGGUUGUCCGACUCAUCCUCGAAACCUCCAGCAGCUGCCUCUCAGAUGUUCAGCUUUGGGUCAUCUUUGUUAAGCUCAGCCUCCAAUCUUGUCACUGGAGAGGACAGUAAACCAGCAGAACCCUCUGGAUCUCCUCCACAGUCUCCUGCUGACUCUGGCCCAGGAUCACCUCCUGAUUCUGGCCCCGGUUCACCCCCUGACUCCCCCUUCUCCCCCCCAGGAUCUCCCCCAGACACUGACUCUGCUCCAGAUACUCCUCCCGCUAAACUUACUAAACCAACCAAGUCCAUGUCUGUGGAUAAGGAGGAGACACCUGCUUCAGCUACACCAAAACAAAGCUGUCCUCUUUGCAACAUAGAACUUAAUGUGGGAUCGUCUGACACGCCCAACUACAGUCUCUGCACCGAGUGUAAGAAGACGGUGUGCAACUUAUGUGGAUUCAAUCCCACGCCGCACUUAGGAGAGAAAGAAUGGCUGUGUCUCAACUGUCAGACGCAGAGGGCCAUGUCAGGUCAGCUGGGAGAUGUGCCACCUCCAGCCAUGGAGUCUCCAAAGAAACAACCAUCAGCUCCUGUCCCUGUUGCUCCCACCUCUACCACCCCCCCAGCCCCUGCAAGCCCCCCAAUCCCUGCUGCCCCUGCUUCUGUAGAUAGCCAACCUGUAGUGGAACCAGCUGACUUGAACCCUGCAGCUCCUGAAGCAAAGGUGAAAACAGCAGAGCAAGCUCCUACAGAGAAAGAACCUAUGACUAAAGAAGGCAGCCCCACAAGCUUAUCAGAUCUUACCAAACUAGAGAACACUGUCCUUCCUAUUCUUGAAGCACAACCAAAGCCAGAAGAGAAAACAAGCAUAGACACUCCCAAAACAAGACGUAAACUAGAGGUUCUGCCUAUUAUGCCUGACUCACCAAGUUCUGAGGAAGACCGAGAAAUCCCUGAGCAAAAUGUCAAAGUACCAGAAAAGAAGAAGCUCUUGGUGCCUAUGGACAUUAGGGGUGACUCUCUAGAGGACAGCAGUGAGAGCAUUGGAAAGGAGAGCCCCAUAUCGGGAGAUGAUGAGGACUUUAUUAGAAAACAAAUCAUUGAAAUGAGUGAGAAUGAGGAUGCUUCUCCUACAGACGAGGAAAACCUUAUUCGACAAAAGAUCAAAGAGCAAGAAAAGAUAAGUGAAAAUGUAGAAAAGAGUGCAUCAGGGAGAGCCCGACGUCUUACUAAAAAAGCUACUAUAAGCCCUGAUGAUGAGGAGGAGAAACAUUUAGGGGAUGCACUGAGUAAACCAGCUGAAGAGAGCAAAGAAUCUAAACAAGAAGAAUCUAAACAAGAAGAAAGUGGCACAGCAGUUCGACAAUUUCAGACUAUGGAGCUUAAUACACCGAGUAUGAGAAUAGCUACAUCUGAAGGGGAGGUAGAGAUGGAGUGCCUCACAGACUCACCAGAUGACAGGUCGAAAGGGGAGGGGUCAUCCAGUCUACAUGCAUCCAGUUUCACCCCAGGUACAUCUCCAACAUCCAUGUCUUCAUUUGACGAAGACAGUGACAGCAGCAGUCCCAGUAAUAUGUCUACUGGUGAAGGUAAGCAACAAAGAAAGGCUAAGCACAGACAACCAGGGCAAUUACCGACUAUUGAAGACUCGUCUGAGGAAGAAGAGCUGCGUGAGGAAGAGGAGUUACUCAGGGAACAGGAGAAACAGAAAGGCUCAGGGAAAAAGUCUAAAAAAGACAAAGAAGACAAAAGCAGGAGACGGGAACGGUCAAAAACUCCACCAAGUAACCUGUCGCCGAUUGAGGAUGCAUCGCCAACCGAGGAGCUACGACAGGAGGCUGAAAUGGAAGAGAUAAGGCGGUCUUCUUGUUCUGAUUUCUCCCCCAGUCUUGAAUCUGACCCUGAAGGUUUUGAAAUUCAUGCCUCAAAGAUCGCAGCAGUUCAAAAAUCAUAUAAACUUCCGGUAUCUGCUGACUCUUUAAAUGAAGAUAAAACACAAAAGAAACCACUCAAAUCUGCAGAUGAGGCUUAUGAAGAGAUCAUGUUGAGGGCUAAGUCUCCAACCACUGAUAAAGUUGACAACCAACCAGAGAAAGAAGCACUUUAUGGGGGAAUGCUAAUUGAAGACUAUGCCUAUACUUCCCUUAUUGACAAUUCAACAAAUGAGAGAGAAGAACCUGAUAAAAUGGUUGUUCCGACUCAACCCAAAAAGUUGAGGUCUCCAGAUGAGGUUUACGAAGACAUGUUAAAGAAGCGUAAAGAAUUCCAGAAACUUGAGGAGGAGUAUCAGAAACUGCAACCAAAACAAGAACAACCAAGUCCAACUCCUGAGAUUGUAUUGCAACCUGCUGAGAAUAUCAACAAACCCACUACAGUAACAAUAGGCACAGAUGGAAAGCCUUUGCUGGAUGCUGAUACGGCCUACGAAGAGCUAAUGAAAAAAGUGCUAACCCCAGGAACAAGUCCGACUCAACAAGACCAAGAUGAGGGAACUGGUACAUUUAAGAGGGCACUGCACCCCAUCCCAGAUUUAAAAGUGACUCAGUGUUCUUCAGGAGAGCUGUCUUCAGAUGAUGAGAGUUUGUAUAAGAAAGAGGAAGAGCCAGACACACCCGAACCUCCACCAGUCAGUGAGUCUAGCCCAGUUUCUCCCCCCGAACCAUCUAAAAUCACAGUUACAACCACUCAAGCUGCAGUGGAUUUAUCUGCACUAUCAAGAACCACCCCUAUGAUGGGUAGUGUGGCCCCCUUACCCACAGUCCCCCAAUACACUCCUGGUGUUCAGAGUGUAGUGUCAACCGCCCCACCUGUGCCCCCUAAACCACAUGUCAUGCGAAGAGGCAAUUCUCAAGACAGUGCAGAUAUGCCGAUUGCUCCUCCCCCUACCCCACCAAAACCAACUGUAUUUCCAAGAAAAGCACCAGUUCCUUUGCCACCUCAGGCAUCAACAUCUCCGGUAAUGCCAGAUGAUUCAGUUGCAAUGACCGCAGUUCAAGGAUCGCCCUCAAGGCAGCCAACAGUUACACCAACAUACAAAGCUCAUGUACCUCCACCUGUUCCUCCUAAACCAUGCAUACCUUCUGGAAUGAGUGAAGGACCAAGAGUAGCACAUGGUGUCAAACCACCAAUUGCACCAAAACCAGGAUCACAUCCAACUUCUCCAGCCCAUGUCCCUCAUCCUCCAAGACCGACAAUGCUACCCACUGGUCCUGCUGAAAUAGCUCUUAAUCUGAGCCCCACUUCUGAGCAAAAGCAAUUUCAACCAUCGCCAAGAUCUCCCCCAUCUCCAAGAUAUGCCAGUAAUCUUCGUGACACAUAUGUGGUUAUAACACUGCCAUCUCAGCCAAGCUCUCCAGUAGAAACCAUUUCGACCCAAGCACCUUCCAGUCCUGGUCCAGCAUCUCCCUUGCACCAAGCACCGCCCCAAAAUUAUUCCCAGCCACAAACACAACAACAGGGCUAUCCACCGCAUGAAGUUCCACCUCAUCCUCCAAGAGUACCUUUAGCUUACACACGAGUCACAGAAUCUAUUGAAAGUCAAGAAAUCUGCAGCCCAGAGAAACAUGUGUCAAGUUCAUGUCAUAUAAUUGAGGCAAUAUCUGCUUCAGCUCAGCCACCUGUGGUAACUCCAAAUCUGAUCUCCCAAGUUGUUACCACUGAAGUCCAAAGAACAACAGUCUCAGUUGUUCAUGAGAGGGCAGCCCCACCAGUGCCAGCCCCGAGGGCAAACGGUGUCCCUCUGGAUAAGUCUAAGCCACAGAUACCCCCACAGACAACUCAGACUGUCCAACCUUGUGAAGUUGUGGAUCUAAGAACAAUGAAAGUCGAUCAACAAUCAACCAUGAAUGGCGUUGACCUGUCCUCUGGCCCUGACUCAAGACGCCAGUCGUACGUAACGGAUGCCAGUCGUCAGAACAGUGCUGUACAGUCUCCUGUUGUCAACCUCAGUGCAGAAUCCUCCACUGUUUCCAUAACGACAGACAGCAUCACCAUUGUCACAUGUGCUGCCACGAUUCAAAGAUGGGACAGUGCAGACACUACAACAACCUCCUCAGUGCCACUUCAAUUGACAAAGAACAAAUCAUUUGAACCUGUUUCUCAAAUUAUCUAUCGACCAGUUGAUUCACAGCCCCCCGUUCAAACUGGAACAGAAAUUCCAAUAAAUCUGUCAGUUGGAUCAGGUGCAGGUACAUAUCAGAGUGCUCCUAUAACUACAGUACCCCCAUGUGCUUCAAGUUGUGCUGCCAAUGGCCUCACUACAGGCACAGCGACAGUGGCUGGAGCUGUUGACCUAAGCACAGCUAAACCAUUCAGCACAAUGGUGUCAGUGGAUGGGGCCUCCUCUGAAGUUGUCACAGCAGUAAUCACAGAUGAUGAUGGCAAACCAGUGGAUUUAACUGCAGGGAAACGAGCUGUGUGCUGUGAUGUUGUGUAUAAUCUCCCAUUUGCAGGAAGUUGUACGAGUCAGCAGCCCACCACACCUCUGCCUGAAGAUCGCUUUGGAUAUCGUGAUGACCAUUAUCAGUAUGACCGAACCCCAUAUGGAAUGAGAGGGUUUGGAGGAAUUAAACCUUCAAUGUCAGACACCAAUCUGGCCGAGGCUGGGCUCUUUUUUUAUAAGAGUAAGAAUAGUUACAACUUCAGUGGCACUACAGAUGGUGCAGUAGAUCUUACUUCAGCUAAAAUUUCUGAUGCAGGUGAAGCUGUUGACUACUCCAAAAAAGGAAUGUAUGCAGGCAUGACAAUACCACCAUACUCUGAUGCAAGAGCCACAAGUGCAGUUGGUACAGCUCUCGGUACAACUAAUGUUCUGAGGUCAUCAAAUGGAAUAGUCUAUUCCUCUGUGGGAUCACCUAACCCUUCCACAUAUGCCAUCACUACUCAGCCAGGGUCCAUAUUUAGUACUACCUAUAACAACCAGUCUGGUAUGCACACAAGUGACACCAUGCCUUCACUCUCCAACCUCCAGAACAUGCCACUAACCAGAUCACACAGUUUCCUCUCUACCAUAUCCACAACAGACGCAGAGGUCCCACUUAAUCUUGAGCUGUCCAGAGCAGGUACCACGGGCAUAGAGAGUAUCACCACAGCUUCACUGUCUUUGGACACUUACACUGAUGCAUCCCUAGAGGCCAUUGCUGCCUCUCUGGAAGCUCUGUCCUCCCCCAUGGUCGCUGGAGAUGGACAGUAUCAGGCAGAGCGCGAAAGACUAGAGAUGGAGAAACUCAAACAACAACGUCUGGCCGAGGAACUUGAAAAGGAGCGUCAGGAGAUUCAGCGCUUCAGGGAACAUGAACAACUCCUAGUGCAGAAAGAACUGGAGGAGUUGCAGGCCAUGAAACAACAGAUUUUGAAUCAGCAAGAGGAGGAACGGCAAGCUCAUUUAUUAAUGCAAAAAGAGACAUAUGCCCAACAACAGCAGCAACUAGAACAAAUUCAGAGGCUUCAAGAGCAGCUUCGUAUGCAGCUAGAGGAGCAAAAGCUUAGACAGAUGUAUCCAGGUGAUGUUACUGGUCAUGGUGUACAGGAGGCAGUAGUCCUGGGGCCAGAUGGCACAGUGCUAGCCCGUAAGAUUACAGACAGUGGAUGUCAGACAGAUGAAGAGGAUGAGACUAUUAGCAAUGCAUACACAGCAAGAAAGAAGAAGAAUGCUAAAAAGAGUGUGGAUAGCUGUGUGCAGACAGAUGAUGAGGAUCAAGAAGAGUGGGAGGAGAACAGGAAUCGGAGGCCACGCACUGCCAGAGGAGAUAGGAGUUCACAGUCAGAGGUAUCUCACCAAGUCCACACUGAAAUCUCUAUACAAACUGAUACAGAAGGCAAUAUUAGAAUGGAAUCCAGAUUGGAGUUAUCUGACUCUGAGCGAACCUCACCAAAGAAACGUCCCUCUCCAUUAGAAAUAGGCCAAUCUGCAAACCUCAAAGCUGACCCCUCCACUUUGCAACCCCCCAAAUCCCCCAAAGUGCUAUACUCUCCCCUAUCCCCCUGCAUAUCCCCUAGUAAAUCUCUUGAGUUUGUAUCCCUGGGUGGUACAAGCCCCCAAAAACUAAGUCCAAGGGGAAAAUCCAUGCAGAGAUCCCUGUCUGAUCCUAAGCCCAUGAGUCCAACAGCAGAGGAGAGGGCAACAUCUGGCACCCAGUAUGGUGAUAGCUAUUCUGGCAAAGCCAGUACCCCCACAGGCACUCAGAAGAAGGUGAAGAGGACACUGCCUAAUCCUCCAUCAGAGGAGGAGUCCACAACUACCACUGCCACUACUACAACUGGACAGACAGCAUACAGCACUAACUCAGCAAGGAGACGUAUGUGUCGCAACUCAAAUAUGGCACGGGCCAAAAUCCUCCAAGAUAUUGACAGGGAAUUAGACAUGGUAGAGAGAGAAUCUUCAAAACUUCGUAAACGCCAAGCUGAAUUAGAUGAGGAGGAGAAAGAGAUUGAUGCCAAGCUUAGGUACCUAGAAAUGGGCAUCAACCGAAGAAAGGAUGCUCUACUAAAGGAAAGAGACAAGAGGGAGAGGGCAUAUUUACAAAGUGUUGCAGAUGAACGUGACUACAUGUCUGACAGCGAAGUUAGUCAUAUACGUGAGACUAGAAGUGUCAUCGGUGCAGUGGAGGAUGAAGAAAUUGAAGUACACGGUUUAGAACGUCCCAGAACUGCCCCUCAGUCUGAGCUAGAUGACUUUGGUAAUGCUCAAACCAAAGGUGACUAUGAUAAAUACUCUCAGUAUCCAUAUUCACAAAGCCAGUACCAGUCCCUAUACCAGACACCUCAGUCAUACCAGUCCCCUUCUAUCUACUCCUCUGUGCCAUCGCUAACUAGCUCACAACAGCAGAGCUAUCAUCAGAUGCUGCUUCUCCAACAGAAAGCCGCUCGACAGGCUGCUCUCCUCUCUGAACUUGAUGCGACUAAAUAUGAUGUCAUUAGUCGGCAGCCUGAUCCCACCUCAUCAGCUUACCUAGGGGUCAAGUACGACAAAUACGGAAACCAUCUUGACCUCAGAGCCCUUGAUGUGGGAAGUAUAGCGAGCACACCCAUGUCAGCUGUGUCUGAUUCCUACUACCCAGACGUGGAUCACCAUACACCUCGUAGUUAUAUGCUGUUGGAAGAUGCUGCAGAAAUAGCUAAGGGGUCCACUGGUCUGUCGUCAUCUUAUAGUCUGGCAGAGAGAGAACUUGCUAAAGCAGAAAAGUUGCUUAGAAGGAGUGCUGCUGAUUUGGGGUCUACAGAUUAUCUGGGUUCAACCUCCAGGCUACACACAUAUGGUAAAACACCUGACGAGGAGGAUACAAUGGAGGAACCCUAUGAGCUAAAACUUCUUAAACAACAGCUAAAGCAGGAGUUCAGAAGAAGUACAGGUGGCACUGAAAGCCUUGAGCAGUUAUCAGGGAUGUCUCAGCAUUAUUAUACCCCCACAACAGGCCUAUCCAGUUACUCCCAAAGGCAAUAUCCUAAAACAGAUAAGUACAGCAUUAGCAGGCUAACUCUGGAGAAGCAAGCAGCCAAACAACUUCCAGCUUCUAUGUUGUACCAAAAACACAAGACACCACUGAUAGAUCCUAAGAUAUCUUCAAAAUAUUCUUCCAUAGGCGACAGGGGGCUAGAGUCAGAGUAUACUAGUUAUAUAGGCUCCAGUGGGUCACCUAGAACAAGUCGACUUAUGCAAGACGAGAUCACAUUUGGUCUUAGGAAGAACAUUGCAGAGCAGCAGAAGUACUUGGGGUCUAACCUGGGGGCUAAUCUAGCUGGAUCUUUAAAUUUAGGUCAGAGCUUAGGUUUAGACUCUGCCUAUCCCAGUGGUAGCCGCUCAAGACCUCCAUCCAGACCUACAUCUUGCUAUGGGCUUGACCUAUCAAUCAAAAGAGACCCAUCAAGCUCUUCUCUGAGACUUAAAGGGGAUGGAGAAUCAGGCGAUGGUUCCAGUUAUCAAACACCAUCCGGUCGCACCAAACCCACCAGCCUUCCCAUAGUGCAGAGUGGGCGUGGAAGGAUACCAAUAGUAGCUCAAAACUCAGAAGAAGAGAGUCCACUUAGCCCCGUGGGGCAGCCAAUGGGGAUGGCUCGUGCAUCCGCUGGACCUCUUCCACCCAUCUCAGCUGACUCCAGGGAUCAGUUUGGGUCAUGCCUGUCCCUACAAGACCCCCAACAGCAGCAGCAGCAGUAUAUCAGGGAGGAGCCCACUAGAGGGAGGGGCUCUGUGCUCCUGGAUGAUCUUCAGGGCACCAUGUCAGAUAGUGAAGCGUUAAGUGAACAUCCAAUGACUGUGAGCAGUGGCGACACAACCCAUGCAUAUCACCUAAGACGAGAAGAAACAGACUGGUUUGAGAAACCUCGAGAUGGACGACCAGACGGAGUGGAUAAGAGACAGGGAAAAGGCCCCUAUUACCCCUUCCCUCACCUCAGGGUUAAACUACAGAGAGAUCCCAAGGACCGCACUGUCUCAGGAAAUGGUCUGGGUAUCCGCAUAGUUGGAGGUAAAGAAGUUCCUAAUAGUAAUGGGGACAUUGGAGCAUACGUUGCCAAAGUCUUACCAGGUGGAGCAGCAGAACAAACUGGAAAAAUUCUUGAAGGAAUGCAAGUCCUGGAGUGGAAUGGUGUGUUCCUGACAGGGAAAACCUAUGAAGAGGUGCAAGGACUUGUUGGUCAGCCUUGUAAUGAGGCGGAAGUGUGUGUAAGACUAGAUCUUAAUAUGCUUGCUGAGUCAGAGACGUCUCAGAACUUGGAUUUCCAGGAACACAGUAGAAGUGAGCGACCUCCCAGGUCUCCAGGCGUUGACCCUAAGCAGCUGGCCGCUGAGCUGCAAAAGGUGUCACAGCAGCAGGCCCCCUCUGCUCUGCCCCCCACCACCUCUGCCAUAUCCAGCCCAGCCCAGCCAGGAUCUCCGUCUGUCGGCAAGAAGCGCCAUAGCAGCAAGAGUGCAGAGGGAGCAAAGACUCAUUCACACCCCAUCUCUGGAGAGAUACAGCUUCAAAUCCACUAUGACAAACAGCUGGGAAAUCUGAUCGUUCAUGUCCUGCAGGCCCGAAACCUUGCCCCACGGGACAACAAUGGCUACUCUGACCCAUUUGUCAAAGUGUAUCUUCUUCCAGGGAGAGGUCAGGUCAUGGUUGUCCAGAAUGCCAGUGCUGAAAACAAGAGGAGGUCCAAACCCGCUGGCAAGAGCAUCAACCCUGAGUGGAACCAGACUGUGAUCUACAAAAACAUCCAUCUGGAGCAGCUGAAAAAGAAGACUCUGGAGGUCAGUGUGUGGGACUAUGACAAGUGCUCAUCCAAUGAUUUUCUUGGAGAGGUUCUUAUUGACCUCUCCAAUACAUCUCAACUGGACAACGUACCCCGAUGGCUUUCUCUGAAGGAACAGAGUGAAGGGGACCACCACAGACGAUCUCACUCAGGACAAAGUCGGCACAGCUCCAAAACCUCUUCACAGCAUUCCUCACCAAAAACUGGUUCAACGCACGAUAUCCAGGAUUCACCUAAAUCAUCUGUCACCAAGAGUCGCAGUCAUGGUGUCUUUCCAGAUCCAGCAAAGGGAAAUAGAGGUCGUUUUUCACUGAGGCCCCAAAGGCACAGCGUAGUGGGUGUGCUCACCAUUCAGAGAGCCCAGUCCGACUGGCUGCCCACCUUGCCGCCUGUGGCCCUGAGACGCCCUCCGGAUGGCAGACAUGUGACUCUCAGGAAGGCCUGGUCAGAGGAGAGGCCCCAGAGCUGCGGAGCCCGCUCAGCCUACAGAUCUGGGGAAACUCCGGUCACAGCAGCCUCUCUGGACAGUGGGCUGAGUGGGAGUGUCUACAGCCUGCUGGAUGAAGAAGCAGAAGCCAAUGAGGUGGACAGUGCCAUUUUCCAAGUGCCCAGAUUUGGGAAAAUCCCAAAUGGCACAGACAUGGUGAAAUCUUCCAUGGGGCACAAUAAUGGUGAAGGUAAGUCUCAUGUGAUGGGGGAAAUUAAAAUUGCUCUGAAGAAGGAGGUUAAAACUGAAGGUGACCAUCUGGUCUUGGAAAUUCUUCAAUGUCGCAAUAUCACCUAUAAAUUCAAAACUCCGGACCACCUGCCAGACCUUUAUGUGAAGCUGUAUGUAGUCAACAUUGCUACUCAGAAAAGGAUCAUAAAGAAGAAGACCAGAGUGUGCCGCCAUGACCGAGAGCCAUCUUUCAAUGAGACCUUCCGCUUCUGCAUGAACCCCACAGGCCAUGCCCUACAGUUGUUCCUGGUAUCUAAUGGAGGCAAGUUUGUGAAGAAGACCCUAAUCGGUGAGGCCUACGUGUGGUUGGACAAAGUGGAUCUACGUAAACGGGUGGUGAGCUGGCACAAGCUGCACGCUAGUACUGCCCAAAUCCACUCAUAG